AGAAAACAUACUGGCUGAGAGAUUAACAGUGCAUGAUAGGAUCUUGGCAGCAACCUUCUCUCUACUCCUCAACCACAAAAACAUCUUCAGAAAUGGAUGGAGCCUGGGUCUACCUGGUGACAGGAGGAUGUGGUUUUAUUGGGGAGAAGAUUGUAGAGCUCCUGUCUCAACAAGAUUACGUCAAAGAAGUCAGAGUUUUUGAUUCAGUAGCAAGAGAAGAAGUAGAAAAAUUCACUACAGCUACCACUCACGUGACAGUGAUGAAAGGAGACAUUCGAGACUACAAUCUGCUCCUUGCUGCCAUGCGGGGAGUUCAUGUGGUUAUUCACACAGCUGCUAUUGUGGACUACAGAAACACUGUGCCCUUUUGGCAAAUGAGAGCUGUCAAUGUUGGAGGUACUGAAAAUGUGUUAAGGGCCUGCUGUGUCCUGAACAUCCCAUAUGUUGUCCACACAAGCUCCAUCGCUGCGGUGGGACCCAACACAUCGCAUGAGCCCAUGUUCAGAGGAAAUGAGGACACCAAAUACAGCGGGGAAGUGGAACUGCCUUAUGGGAAGACAAAGGCCAUGGCAGAAAAACUUGUAUUUGAAGCCAAUGGAAAAAAGAUGAGCAACGGUGGUAAACUCACAACAUGCAUUAUCCGUGCAAACGCAGUGUAUGGGGAGAAAGCAAUGUUUCUUCAAGAGUUGUAUUUGCUUACCAAAGCCAGGAACAGUGUGUUGAACUACUUAGAGCCUGAAAACACAGAGCGUAAUUACACAUACGUAGGGAAUGUUGCAUGGAUGCAUGUUCUUGCAGCAAGGAACUUGCAGCUGAAACCAGAAUUACUUGCAGGACAAGUGUACUAUUCCUAUGACGACACUCCAACGAGGAAAGGUUUUCUGAUCAGGCAUCAGCUAUUGUCCUCUGUGGACCCCUCAGUAAGACUAGGCUCACACAUCCCUUACUGGAAGAUGUGGUUAAUGAUACAAUUGCACAGGAUAAUCAAGGUCAUCUUGUACCCCUUCUGGAAGCCACAGCCUUUCCUAAACUUGCCUUUACUGAACACGAUAGUCACCACCUUCUCCUAUGAGACAGACAAAGCCUCCAGGCAUUUUGGGUACAAACCCCUCUUCACCUGGAAAGAAAGCAAGCACAGAACUGCACAGUGGUUGAAAGCAGCUGCAGGGAACCUGGAACCCCCCCAACUUCAUGAAAAGAAGAACUAAGCAGCGUGUUUGGGGUAAGGAGAGAGCUUAUCGCACCAGCAAGUUUCAUCUGAACUUCACAACAUGCGCAGAUCUUUAGCAGAAAUUUUGCAAACACUGAGAAAUCCUGGUACAGAGAAAGAGCAAACUCUCAGGCUGCAAGUAUAUACCCUCGCCAUGCCAACAACUCAGCUAUUUUAAGUGUUAUAUGAAACACCAGGGUGAAUUUGAAAGCAUCCUCUUGCAGGUCCAUGUGCAUGGAUGCAGGGCUUGCUGGCCUCACUCACUCCCACAGUGCCACCACUGCAUGGGAUCACUUGUGGGAACAAGAGAGGCUCAGAUGAGAGAUGGUGCACAGCAAACAUUUUUUUGGUAAAAUGAGUUAACCAGUUUUGUUCCAUAGCCUGAUGAGCCUCCGUCUCUUUCCAUACGCAGCAAACGGACUUGCCUCUCCCUUGCCAUGGUCUCAGGCUGCUGGUGGGAUGGCUGUACCUGUCUCAUACACUCAAGGGGUCUUCAGUGAUAAUUUGAGGGAAGACAAGGAAAGCCCAAUAAGUUCUUGCUCUGUUUUAGGGUUUAAUAAAAAGAAAAAAAAAAAAAAUUCCCUUUUCUAGAGCUACCUUUUUCAAAAUGUUUCCUGUUAUUCUUAAGCUGUGGAGUAUUAUAACUGUUUUGAAGUAUUAUCCCUGUAAAAAGAAACUUCCAAUCUCUUGUGCUAACAAUGUAUGGGCUGACUUAAUGUCUAAUUGUAUGGAUGGAUAACUGAUGUCUACAAGCUUAGAGGCGGGAUUCAUACAGUUUGUAACUCAAAUUCCCUUACCUCACAGCACUCUAGCAGCAAAGCAAAACAAAUUAAAGCCCACGUUCAGCUGCCGCACUGGCAGAAAGCAACUUCAGUGAAGGCCUUAGGGGCUGCGUUUAUGCUAAAUAAUGUCUGAACUUCAGGAGGAAGAGGUCAUUUCAACUCGUUCCAUGGCACUGGAGCUACACAGUCCAUCCGGGAGCAGUAUUUCACAGAUGAUAUUUUCCUAACACAGAUGGGGCAGGCAAUUCCAGAAGAUUCACAACAAAAGCUGUGGUUUGUAUCAGUUUAUCAGCUCCUCUAUUUUUAAGACAUACUGAGAGACUGGUAAACAGUCAGCAACAACAACAGGUUUCAGUUUUCACUUGAGCUUGGAGGAAUGGGAUAUUUUUACAAUACUAGUUCAAAUCUAAAAUUAAUUCUGUUGGUAUCACACUGCUGUGUGAAUAUGUAACCAUCUCUUGAGUUUUCCUACAGUUAAAGUGUACACAUGCACAAAGCUUAUUUUAAUUACAAGUAUCCUAAUCCUCCUGGAAAAAGCAAGUUUCAGCAUGGUAUCCUUGAUAGAAAUGAUCAAAAUUCACUUCUUGUUAGUCACAGUAAUUACCCAGGAAGGAAAACGAAGCAAUACAGUGUGAGUUGCCAAGCUAACUUCACCGAAAUUCACACUCACAGGAGAAUUCUUUGCAAAAUGAGCUUACAAAUAACAAAUCAUUUGCCGCGGUAAUUCAUUAAUAAUUUAAUACAACAUAAAUUUGGAGGAAACUAUUGCAAUCUGCUCAUAAAGAAUUUGGGAAGGUGAAGUAAGUUGUCAGUUCCCUACCUUUUUCCUCCUACCAUUUGUGCUGGGAGGUUUUUAAGAAAGAGAGUAAUAAGAUUGCUGGGUUUUCUAUUUCACUAAAAACUCUCCUUGCAGUUUUUUGCCAUUAUUAAAAUGGUAGAUGACAGCUUGCUAAGAAUUUGACAAAAGAAAUAUACACCCAAUUUCUCAUGCGCAUUGCCAGAGCAUCGCCACAGUAUAACACUGACCUCAAGAGGUUUUAAUGCUUCUGAAACCUUGGGUUUAUCUUGCCAAAAAAGAGCCACUGGGUGGAGCUGCAAGUCUGUGAGACAGGUACCCUCUCCUCAUGAGUUCCAGUGUUGCAACCCCUUUUGCUUUAGCUGUUUUUUAAAAGAAUCGGAAGGCCUGCCCAGACAGCGAGCCGAUGGAUGGACGUGUGUGUGUGGGGGGGUUGUGCUCAAUCUGUGGCAUUUGGAGUUUUGGACUUCCUUGGCUGGAUGGAUGCAGCCAUGAUUUUAUCUUCAUGUAGUCAUAAAAUCAAAGAGACAGAGGAAAAUAUUUUUCCACUCGGAACUCGUUAGAAAUGAAUAGAAGUUUGCUUUCUAAUUUUAAAAGUAGAAUUAAAUAUGGCACUCUGACCUUUGAGAAAAAUUGCCUAGGUAUAAAAGCUGAUGCUUUUGGAGUCCCUUUCUGAGCACUUGGUCUAUUCCUUUGUGGGAUUUGGAGCUGCUGAAGGUAUCAGAUGGGACAGGUGUCAAGGCCCAAGACUCUCCCAGAGAUCAAUGCUCUAUAAGCUUGCCUGCUCUCAGAAACCUUGCUGGGAACCUCAUCAUGCUUUUGUUCCUGUCCUGCUCAUAAUCACCUACGAUUUUGAUGCUUAUCAGGAUGCAGAUGACAUGCAGGAUAAGGAACAGGGAUUUUUAAAGGUAGUUAAGUGGAGGAUUUAUCAAAAGGAUUUGAAUUAGUUGGCUGCUUAACUUUUUUUAUACCUGCCCACCUCGCAAGCUUUGACAAAAGCAAGUAGAGGAUUCCCUUUCCCUGCUCAUGGUAGAAAGCAGGGGAAAAAGUUAGACAGCAGAGCCUCUGUGCUGUUUUCCAAAAAGAUGAGUAAGCUUCCUUUGGCUGCCCUGCAUUUUGGCUCCUCCAAGCUAAUGCUGCUGCAGACUUCCUGUUAGAUCCUUGAUUUUAUCAGAUUAUAACUUGUUUUCUCCUGGCAAUGCUUUAAUUCUUUCUACUGCACUGAGUUGUCAUUGGCUUUUCUUUUCAGGGUCUCAGCCCUAUUAUGUAACAGCAGCAGCAAAAAAAAGAGAAAAAAAAUAUAUUUCAGAUCUGUUUCUACUUCUGGAGAGGAGCCUUUGUGCACAAUUACUCAUCCAAGAGAUUCAGCAGGUAUAACUGCUUCCCCCAGGGGCUCCAUUAUAUAAUUGGAUUUCAGCCAUACAAAUUAAAUCCUAUCUUACCCCUUAGUUAAGCCAGGCAGUAAGUAUUUAAUGCUAAUAUCCCUGACAACUAUUGCAGGGAGAAGCAGAGAUGAAGUACAGAGGAGACAGAUGCAUGCUUUCUCUACCAGAGGAGCAGGGAGGAUGAGCAAGAAGUGCAUUGACAGAAAGACACCUGCUGUAUUUUAAACACAGCUAAACUUCCCCAGCAUGAGCCAUGGCGGCUGCUAGAGUUGUCGUCUGAGCUGGAAUGUGGUUCUCCCUUCGUUUUCCAUCUUCCCAUGUGUGCACUGAGCAUUCACCCCCAAAACACACACACACACUUCAAAGAGCCACAUGCCUAACCCUGUUUGAGUUUCUAUGGAAGUCUCUGUUCUUGUGCAAUGUCUGAAGGACGCAAGUUUAGUAAUAUUAAAACUCAAGCCAAACACACAAACGAGCAAAGAAUCCCCAAAUUAAAAAGGAAAUCUCAACCGAGUUACUCAUUCAUCUGCAUUUUCUGUUGCGUUCUGUCUUCUCCCGACAUGUUUCUUUAGACAAAGCCCUCUGGGCAGAGACCAUCUCUUUUAGUGUCUGGUACAUCAGUCACAUAGUUAGUACAUAGUAAUAAAGGAAAAUAGAUUCAUGGUAGGAGUUAAACCAGUCAGUCUGGUACUGUAAUUGGAACAUAAUCUCAUAUUGACAGUAUUUAACACAGGAUGCACAGGGAACAGAUGGCAGCAUGCCAGGCCUCAAUCGUUCUGCAAAUACUGGAAAGAUGUUUUCCAAGUCCAGCUCCUGAACCUCAUCUCCGAUGUCAGAAGCGCUGCUUCCCCAAAUGGGCCUAAAUCCACUCACUAACCCUGGUUAAAGCCCAACACACCCAUGUGCUCCUGAGUUUGCAGACAACCUGGCUAACAGUGUUUCUAUUGGUAACUAUCUUACAAACGCUUCAAGAGAGAUUUGAUAAAGCAUCAAGGGCAAAAGUCUCCAACAUCUGUUGGCACAAACACUCCCAAACCUCUCAAUACCUUUCCCUUACAGACAGAGAUCUUGCCUGUGACACGACAUGAAGCCACGUGCGCUCUCAGUGUCACGGGUGCCCACCAGCGUUUCACUCUGCUGCUUCUUUCAUCUCUAAAAUCUUCAGUCAUGCAAUUAACUCAGCAGGGCAUACUGGCAAUACAGAGUUGUUCCUUUCUCUAAGCCUAAAACGCUAAGCUAAAGCAAGCGAAAGGAGAGGAAGCACAUUUAUGUCCAAGAUGCAGCUUAUGGUAUGGAGUGAGAUGGUGUAAGUGUAGACACAAACUCAGCUUUCCAAGGGUAUUGAAAAAGUAUACCGUGCUUCUUAUAGCUGCUACAGGAAGUUUAAAUUGAUUUUUCUUUAUUUCAGCAAUUAAUUCCCAUUAAUCAACUUACUGUACAAUGCUGCACUAUAAUUCACAAGUUUUAUGUAUUAUAUGAAUAAAAUUGCACAUAUAUUUUUAUGUGAUUUUCAUUUAAUUGAAUUCCAAGGAGAUUUACCUGCUGGGUUAUUAAUAAAUCUUAAUAUGGCCUAUAACACUCAAUUGAUAUUUAAUUAACCUGCAAUAACUGCCUUGUAAAAUGUAAAUUAAAUGCUUUAUUUUUCCAGGCAUAUAACCUUAAAUCAAAUUCUUCAUCCUACCAGCACAGCAAAAAAGGAAUGGGGAAAAAACAAGAUUGCAGGCAACCAAACCUUAGACCUGAAAAUAUCUGAUGUUUAAAGAGGUUCAAAGUGGAAACUGGAUCCAUGUUUUGUAACCAGUUCUUCUCCCGAGGAAGUACUUUUCCACUGUCUUCCCACCUUUAAAGAUCACAAGAAUCUGGAUGGAUUUAGAUGAAACAUCAAAAUCUCAGGAGGCUUGAAGAGAAGUGAGAGGCGCCCAUUAUUAAUAAUAAGGUUGCAAAUUCCCAUAGGUAUUGUGGUAUUUGGCAUUUUUCUUAGUCUUGGCUCCUAAAGUCACAUUAUCAAAUGAGGAUGUCAAUUUUCAUUUAAAAAUAAAAAAGGAAAGAAGUUAAAGCCCUUUGAUAGGGGAAGAAGUUUGCAAACUUGAAUGUCAAAGACAUGAGAACUAAGAAACAAAAAUACAUAAAAUUUGAUCCUUAUCUUUAAAAGUAUCACAACUUUUUGAGGGACUUGAGAUGUUUGAAAACUGGGAGGUGGCAACAAACGAUCAAAACAGCCUUUACGAGAAAAGAUGAGAACAGUCCAAAUUAUAUUUUAAGAUCAAACUGUUGUCCUCCCCCUCCCCUAGGAAUUUACAUAGAUCUACAUUAAAUACUGCAAACUGCAACAACUAUUUCUGAUUUCAAAAGUAGGAGAGCUAGCUACCUUUGCAAAGUGAUUUGAAAACUUCGGGAGAGUAUGACUGUCUAAAAUGCAUAAGCCUAUAAAGUUUUACUGCCACACCAUCUAAACUUAGUAUAUCUUUCUUUUUUUAAUGCAUGGAGUGGACAAUCUGUCUUACAAUAUUUUAUUAAAUAGGGUAUUUCCACCAAAGGACAGUAACCCUUACUGUCUGUAAUCUGUCUGCAUUAGAUCACUUUAAAAGGUAUUAAAUGAAAAUCAAAAGUUAAAUGUACCAUGGAUUUUAAAGGUGUCACAGCAUGGAAGAAUAAAAAUGAAGAGAAUGGAUUCUGACUUGCAAUGAA